GCGCAGGGGGCAUCUCCAUGCUCCUGGUCAAGCGCGACGACACGGUGCAGACGAAGAUCAUCAAGUCGAAGUACUCCAGCGCCGCAGGCACUGCCUUCGUCACCUACGAGGGCACCGUGGUGCCCAAACGGAACGUCUUCGUCAAGGAGAACAAGGGGUUCCAGAUCAUCAUGUCGAACUUUAACCACGAGCGCUGGAUGAUCUGCGUCGGGUGCGUGGCGCGCGCCCGCAUCUGCACCGAGGAGGUCUUCAAAUGGUCCAUGCAGCGGAAGGUGUUCGGCAAGGCACUGUCUGAGCAGCCCGUUAUCCGCGAGAAGCUGGCGCAGAACUUCUCCGGCAUCGAGAUGUGCACCGCGAUGCUGUACGAGGUGACGCACCAGAUGAACCUGCUGGGCCCGCAGUCCGCCGAGAUCGGCGGGCGCAUCGCGCUCCUGAAG